AUGAGAUCUGAUUCAACAACAACGCCAAUCAGAAUCGUGUAUGAUUGCAGCUGUAAGGUCGGCGAUGCACCGUCGCUGAAUGACUGUUUAGAGACCGGUCCUCCCUUACAGAAUGACUUAGCCGCCAUUCUGCUGAGGUUUCGUUUACAUCAACAUGCUUUCACAGCAGACAUCGAGAAGGCAUUUCUCAAUGUAGGACUUGCCGAAGAGGACAGAAAGUUCACAAAGUUCUUGUGGUUGAGUGACGUCAGCAACCCGGACAGUGCUCUUCGCGUAUUCCAGUUUAAAGUAGUACUGUUCGGAGCUAUCUCAUCGCCAUUUAUCUUGAACGCUGCAGUGCGAUCUCAUCUCGAAGCUCAAGAUAGCACUACAUCUUGGGACAUACGUAACAACAUCUAUGUGGACAAUUUAGCUAGUGGGACUGACACGGUGCCACAAGCUGUUAGUUAUUACAAGGACUCGAGGAACGAGAUGCACGUCGGUGGCUGGAACAUUCGUGCAUGGGCCUCUAACUGCCCAGAGGUCGUGAACUGUGCAAAACGUGACAAUGUCCUGAGUUCUGACACUAAUGUCAAAGUGUUAGGCAUGUAUUGGGACACAGAAGAGGAUACAUUGCAUUACUCCAAGUGGAAUCACAAACCACCAGACAUUGAAGCUUUGGUGACCAAACGUGACGUCACCAAGGUCAUUAGUUCGAUAUUUGAUCCUCUAGGAUACCUCACGCCCGUUCAUGUCAAGGGGAAGGUAUUCCUACAAGAACUCUGGAAACGUAAACUGUCGUGGGAUGAGCCUCUUCCCGAGGAUUUAGCGAAAUCCUGGGUGACCAUUUCUCAGGAAUUAGCUGAGGCCUACCAAACGAGCGAUAUACCACGGAAGCUGUUCGAGACUGUUGAUAAAGAAGGAGGAUCAUACGAGUUGCAUGUCUUCGCGGACUCUAGCAUCAAAUCAUACGGUGCCUGUGCCUACUUGGUACGAGGAUCGGAAGUCUCGCUCGUAAUGGCAAAGUCACGUGUCGUACCAAUGAAGUCAAUGACUAUGCCUAGAUUAGAGCUUACUGCAGCUCUAGUUGGCUCACGCUUGCUAGCAUACGUACACGAGAGUUUGAGACCAUACAUCGAUAUCGGACACUCUGUCUUGUGGUCUGAUAGUCAGAUUGUCAUCGGCUGGUUACACAGCGAGAAACAACUACCUACGUUUGUCGCUAACAGAGUCAAGGAGAUUCGUUCAUACGAUAUGAUCAACGAGAUUCGUUACUGUCCGACGCAGGAUAACCCUGCAGACGUCAUCACACGUGGAUUAACUGCCGAUAACCUUCGUCAUGCCACCUUGUGGUGGAAAGGACCGCACUGGCUAUGCACAGAAACAUGGCCGGAGAAUGUCGAGUAUCUUGAUUCUCAUGCUCAGAACGUCAAUUCGGACGCAGCGGAUCGUUCAUCGGAAUCGCUACGUACUCAACCGGAAACGGAACUCGUCACGACGGUCAGCGAGGUUACCGAACCUACUGACAUCAGCAACAUUAUCGACUUGGACAAAUUCAACUCGUACACCGCUCUACUUCGCGUUAGUGCCCUAGUGUUACGCUUUGUGUCAAACCUGCGCAAAGAGCACCAACUCCGCAAAGUUGGCCCUCUCACGUCUGAUGAGAUUCAUUCUGCCGAAUUAGUGUGGAUUAAAGCAAUUCAGAAUCGCAGCUACCAAGCUGAAAUUCAGGGCAUAAAGGAGAAAAGUGUGAAAGGCCCACUUGUGAAUCAAUUGCGCUUGUUCAUUGGAGAAAAUGGUCUACUUCGUGUCGGUGGGAGACUCCACAAUGCAGAAAUCUCACAUGAUGCCAAGUUUCCUAUUCUCAUCCCAUCCAAGCACAGAUAUGCUAAGCUGAUCAUUCUUCAGGCACAUGCUGGAGUUCUGCAUUCUGGUGCGCAGUCUACCAUUGUUCACAUUAGACAGAAAUUCUGGAUUACCAACAUACGUCAACGCGUGAAGAGUUUAUUACGCGACUGUGUCAUUUGCAAGAGAGUCAUGGGUAAGCCAUUCCGAUCACCUAUACCACCCCCUCUUCAAGCAAGCCGUCUAUUGUCGGCUCCUGCCUUCACAGUCUGUGGAGUUGAUUUCACCGGUGCUCUUUUCGUACGAGGUGGUGAGGGUGAUUCCAAGGCCUACAUAUGCCUCUUCACUUGCGCAGUCACAAGGGCUAUCGACUUGGAAAUAGUAAAUGACCUGUCGGUUGCAUCAUUCCUACGCGCGUUCAGACGUUUCGCCUCCAGGAGAUCUCUGCCGCAAGAGAUGAUUUCCGACAAUGCUAUGACUUUCCUAUCAUCUUCUGACAUUCUAUCAACGUACCUAGCAAAUCACAGAGUCAAGUGGACUUUCAUCAAGAAACGCGCAGCAUGGUACGGUGGUUUUUAUGAACGUUUGAUUGGAUUGACAAAGUCUGUCUUGAAGAAGACAUUAGGCCGCCGUCUUUUGACAUUGGAAGAGUUGCAAACUGUCGUUGCUGAGAUAGCAGCAGUUCUCAACGAUAGGCCUAUAACAUUCCAGUCUACUGAAGUUGGAGACCUAGAACCGUUGACACCAUCUCACUUCCUUAAUGGUCGUGUGCUGACCAAAGGCACAUUAGGCCUACCCUUGUUUGAUUUGGAGGAGGUUGAUGACCCAUCCUUCGGUUUCUCCACAUCACUAAUGCAGCGGCGGAUAAUGCUCAUGGCAAAGCUCCAGAAAGAGUUCUGGAACAGAUGGUCAAGUGAGUAUUUGUCCGCCCUGCGUGAGAGGGACCGAGGGAUGGGGAAAGGUACGCUUCGAAAUCAGAUAAGGAUUAAUGAUGUGGUCCUCAUUCAGGAUGAAAAUCAGAACAGAGUCAAAUGGCACAUGGGAAAGGUCACCGAGUUGCAUUAUGGGAAUGAUGGUCUGGUGAGAUCUGUCAGUUUGAAAACCGCCAGAGGUCAUACCAAUAGGCCCAUUGUGAAGUUGAUUCAUCUGGAAUCUAGUGAUUGUCAGUCAGAGGACACACCAGACACAGAUGUCGAGGACAAUUCAUCUGCGCGACCUAGGAGACAAGCAGCAAUCGCUGCUAGGGACCGAAUCAGAAACAUGUCAGACUAA